GCCCAGUAUUCGUCAAAGUCGGCGCGUCGCCGUCACUCUGGGCUAGGCACGGCGCCGCGCGGUCAUGGCGCCGGCAAUGCGACCGCCGACACGCAAGGUGUGGCGGGUUCGUGCGCUGUGCCAGUAGGAUGGCGCUGAAGACUCCGACGCCGGGCGCGGGCGAGCGCGAGACAUGGGGCAAGAAGGUCGACUUCCUGCUGUCCGUCAUUGGGUUCGCCGUCGACCUGGCCAACGUGUGGCGCUUCCCUUAUCUCUGCUACAAGAAUGGCGGCGGCGCUUUCCUGGUGCCGUACUGCAUCAUGUUGGUGGUGGGUGGGAUCCCGCUGUUCUACAUGGAGCUGGCGCUGGGCCAGUUCCAUCGGAAGGGAGCCAUCACAUGCUGGGGGAGGCUGGUACCAUUGUUUAAAGGUAUAGGUUACGCGGUGGUCCUGAUAGCAUUCUACGUGGACUUCUACUACAACGUGAUCAUCGCGUGGGCUCUGCGCUUCUUCUUCGCGUCUUUCACCACCAUGCUGCCGUGGACCAACUGUGACAACGAGUGGAACACCCCCGCUUGUAGACCUUUCGAAGCAAUCUGGGAAGCCUCAAACAGAACUCGCUCGCGCAACAACAGCUCUUCAGGUGUAAUCGCUCCUCCCGCAACAACACCCUUCACGUCAGCCGCUUCUGAAUACUUCAACCGCGCCAUCUUAGAACUGCAAGGGAGCGAAGGGCUUCACGAUCUUGGUGCCAUAAAAUGGGACAUGGCUCUCUGCCUGCUCGCGGUCUAUAUCAUCUGCUACUUCAGUCUGUGGAAAGGCAUCAGCACUUCUGGAAAGGUGGUUUGGUUCACGGCUCUCUUUCCAUACGCAGUACUUUUGAUUCUCUUGGUGCGUGGCAUAACCCUCCCUGGCUCAGCUACUGGCAUCCAGUAUUACCUCAGUCCCAACUUCGAAGCUAUCACUCAACCUCAGGUAUGGGUGGAUGCAGCAACGCAAGUAUUCUUCUCUUUGGGACCUGGGUUUGGAGUGCUUCUGGCAUACGCGUCAUACAAUAAGUACCAUAACAACGUCUACAAGGACGCAAUCCUAACAAGCGUGAUCAACUCCGCCACUUCCUUUAUCGCUGGCUUCGUGAUCUUCAGCGUUCUCGGGUACAUGGCCCACGCCUCAGGCAGGGAUGUGCAAGACGUGGCUACCGAAGGACCAGGCCUCGUGUUCGUGGUGUAUCCAGCUGCUAUCGCGACCAUGCCAGGAUCUACCUUCUGGGCGCUGAUAUUCUUCAUGAUGCUUCUUACUCUUGGUUUGGAUAGUUCCUUCGGCGGUUCCGAGGCAAUAAUAACAGCUCUCAGCGACGAGUUCCCGCCAAUCGGUCGUCACCGCGAGAUCUUCGUGGCGUGUCUCUUCACUCUGUACUUCUUCGUGGGACUAGCUUCUUGCACGAAGGGCGGCUUCUACUUCUUCCAACUGCUUGAUAGAUAUGCCGCAGGGUACUCUAUACUGGUUGCUGUCUUCUUUGAGGCUAUUGCUGUGUCUUGGAUUUAUGGUACGGAGCGAUUCUGCGAGGACAUCCGCGACAUGAUCGGCUUCCGCCCCGGUCUAUACUGGCGAGUCUGCUGGCGCUUUGCCGCCCCGGCCUUCCUACUUUUCAUCACGGCCUAUGGACUACUGGACUACGAACCGCUCAGAUAUGAGGACUACGUGUACCCUGGUUGGGCCAACGCACUGGGCUGGGCUAUAGCUGGGUCCAGUGUUAUGUGCAUUCCAACUGUGGCUAUUUACAAACUGAUUACGGCUAAGGGCACUUUUGUUGAGCGUCUGCGACUCCUGACUACACCAUACGCAGACACAGAAGGCAGCGGCGCAGUUCAUAACGGAGUAGUGGUGUCGGAGAGUGGUGGCGUCCGACUGGCAUCCGCAGCCGUGACACCGACGUCUCCACCGCCCUCCACCCCUCCCGCACAGCCGCCCCCCGCGCUUGUCUGAGCACACCUCUCCUUCGACGUCUACUACGUCUAAGUGUAAGAAAGAGACAACUAGUGCUGUGUUGUUCUACCUUUAGUAAGAUGGCGGGGCUAAAGUGAAUCCGAGUUGAUGUAGCGCAAGAGUCGGACGGCUGUGGGCACUCCAUUUGUUGGUCACUCCUUGGCGCUCUCCCGAGUUUAAAAUUUCGCUUGAAUUAUAACCGAUGAUUAUAACCGUCUUACUUAUCAAAUGUUGAAUGGAUCUAGAUAGAGGCUAGGGACAGCCAUCACAUUUUGUUCCUCUAUAAUAAUAUGCUUUCUAUCUACAUAUUUCACUGAGAUCUCAUUCAUUUUAAUGGUAGAUAAUUCUUUCUGCUUUGAAUGUCUACCUAGUGUAAAGUAAGACUUAGAUUUUUUCAGGAAUAUAGCGUGGUAAGGCAUUGAAGGCGGAGUUGAAAGGGUAAAAAUGUGAAAGGCUAAUAUUUAAAAUAAAAAUAUUCGAUGUCAUAGGUGUUAAGUAUGAUUUUUGAGCUUUCUACUAGAGCACUGUUAAAAUAAAAAUGUAGUUCGAUAAGUAUCAAGGUAACCCUUUAUUGUAUCCGUAGGUACAGGUCACAGAGUAAAAAUAUAUUAGUGUUCAAUAGGAGCAUUUUUAACUUUUGUUUCUCAGAUCAUGUUUAUUGUAAUUUAUAAGCUGUCUGUAUCUAUUCGAAUAGAAAUAUCUACCUACUCAUAAUAAUUGUGAAAGUAUGUACGUAGUUACUUAAUCUUAAGAUUUUUUAGAGUAAUUUACUAAAACUAGCCUAAUUGAUUUAGUUACGCGCGUAAAAUACGCCAGUAAGAUUAACGGAAAAUUCAGCAAACCGUCGAUGUUUUAGCUCUAGUUUAGAUUAUAGACCACUCAAGCAUUAAGGUUGGCGCUGGAACAAUUUAUUAUUAUUACGACAGAAAAUACUCCUUUGAAGCUACGAGAACUCACAUUUUAGUACUCAGCUGUAUAAAUAUCUUAUCGUUAUUUUAUAGAACUGUAAAACUUAGUAAAAUCCUCGUUUUUAGAUUGACUGACAUCUGAUAGUUUUUUAUUCAUUAAUUUUAUUUUUGACAGUAGAUUUCUUUUGUUACAAUCUGGCAAUACUUAAUAGUGCUGCGCAAUUGCCGGGGCAGACAUAGCUUACUAAUCGACUACCCUUGAAAAUGAGCUUAACUUCAAUAUUUUUAAUUGAAAUAUCCUCCCCGCUAUACUCAUUUAAUAAUUAAGCGUAUUUACCAUGUACAUUAUUGAAAACGUGUAUUGUAGCAUUAAUAAUGUAGGACUUUUCGUAGUUGAAAAUGACAUGAGUGUUUGUAAUAAAUAAGAAUAAAAUAAUUAUUUUCAAAUGCUUAUUUUGUAAUAUUUUAAGUCGCGUUUUAUAUUAUUCGAAAAUUUUUAGCGCAGUAUAUUUUAAGCGCUGUUAAGUACCUAUGUAAGUAGAAAAAUGUAUGCAAAUAUUUUAACUUAAAUAAUGUUGACAUUAACCUGAAAUCUAGGAUUAAGAAAAAUGAAAUGCUGUGUAGAUAAUAGAAACAAUAAAAUGAUAAUGAUAAUAUAAUCAAUUUAAUGUUUAACUAAAUGUACUCGAACUGAAAGUUCAUGUACCCACACAAUAAAUGUAUGUUGUAGCUACGUAUGCCUUUAGAGAAAAAUAUUAAUCUAGUUAUUCGUCUAUGUUAUCUACAAUUCGACUCUAAAUGUUGUGCUUAGAAUCAAUGCAGGUAAUCAAAAUGCUCCAUUUUUUAUUCGUGAAUUUCAGUAUUUUUGUUCGAAAACUAUUCAUCACUCCGUCUUGGGCAAUGCGGACUGAUGAAUUGUGCAGUGGUUUUACAGUUAUUGAUCAAUGGAUCUUCCAUAAUGUUAGGAAUAUGAGACGCUCUACAGACGCUACACUUCAGCUUACUUGAUGUGUAGUGAUUUGAAAUGUAUCUCUUCCAUUAUCUCGAUGUUAGUAUAGUACUUUUCGCUCUUUACAACGUAGUAUUAUUAAACGUAGGAAUACUUAUUAUAUUACGGAUAUCUGCUUACGUAAGCUAAGAAGCAAUUUAUGAUGUAGUAAUUUUGGCUUCAAAUAUUCUGAAUGUUAGUAAAAUAUUGCAGUAUUAAAGAUGUAACAUGUAUUUAUAGUUGUUGAUGUUAUAUCAAUAGUCAUAUCAGCCAUUAUGACUACUGAUUUUUAGAUUAAAUUUAUACUUACUA